AUGGACCUAAUAGACAUGUCACUUCCAACACAUGCCAUCCAAUUUACCACUGGGACGGCUUCAUGCAUUGUGCAACUCGUCGUUAUUUGCAUCGUUGGCAAAUACUUCGCUGCUGCUCUGCUACUUUUAGCAGGUAGCCUUUUUAUUGUGCCAAAGUUUUAUCUGCGUACCUCCCGGCAAGUCCGCCUGAUCGAUAUUGAGGCAAAAGCCCCCAUUUACAAGCUCUUCAUUGAAACCAAACAAGGAGUCUCGACGAUUCGUGCUUUCGGUUGGACUUCUGCCUUUCACCGCAAACUCUCAGAUGCAUUGAACCAAUCACAAAGACCGUUCUAUAUGCUGUUCUGUAUUCAACAAUGGCUCGCGUUCAACAAUACGUGA